GAAGCCCGUGGAAGAAGCAGUCGUCCCUCGAAUGGCUCCGGGUCUUGAUGGUUCUGACGUUUGGGAACCUGGUGUCGUGGUGUAGACGCAUCUUCUUCAACCGCUCAGACAUCCCUAGUUGUUAAUUUAACUUUUAAAAUGUAUGCUGUGAUUUCUGUCGCAAAAAAUACUUUUUUUUCCCCACUUUUUUCAAGAUUAAAUCGUGACAGUUGACUAGUUAGCAGCUAGCCGAAGCUGGCUGUCACUUAGCUUUUUAGCUUGUUGAGCAAGUUUACCAACCCCGGGGAAACGUUAGGCUGGUAAACGAGUUCAUACUUAUAGUAUGCCGAUGUGACUAAUACUUGUCGGUGUUUUAACGCUCACACAUAUUGCAUAACUGUGAAUAUUUUCACCUACCUGCGCUGGAAAGUUCGCUGACUCAGCGGCGCAGUGACGUAUGUUUCAGAAGGUCCGGUGGCGCGGAUUUGCAGGCAAGAUGGCGAUGUAAAUAAUGAAAUAAAGCACUUCCAUUUUCGAAGUUGAUUUGGCGUUUAGCAUAGUUUUUCAAAUUAAAUAAUUGUUUUGCCUUAAUAGAGCAUAUAACUGAAAUCCUCACUGGUACUUGGUACUUGUACUAUUUCAGGAAAAACCCGGGGAUCAGUCGAAUAAUACAUGUACAAGCGUAAAAUCACAUUAUAUAUACUUUAUAAUGUUACAAACAUUGUUGUUAAUUGAGCCUGCGAAUAUUCGAAAGGAGUUGGAUUUCGUUUGUAUUUAGUUAGUUAGUUGUUUAGUUAUUGACGAUGUAUGUAUAUGUAUUUAUUUAUAUUUAUCCAUUUAAAAAAGAGCAAUCUAUCAUCAAUCUACUAUGUAAAUGUUGUUGUGUAACAGGCCUGAAACCAGAUGCUUAUAAAAUGCUCAUUUAAAUUUAGAUUUAUAUUUAAUUAUGAAAUAAAAUUAAAUGAGAAUUUAGUCUUAGUGUCUCACAUUUACCCACUUAAAUAUUUCCAAUUUAUUUCACAAAAUCAAGAUUGUGCCUUUCAAAAUGUGAACAAAAUUGAAGUGCGCACUGCAGAAAAGAAGAAUCGGGAAGUUUUUGAAGCUCUCCAGUAGCUGCCGUAUAUACUUUAUUAAUAUGUUUGCUUUGAAUGCACUAAUAAUUUAUCUUGUUUAAUAAGCCACGUCACGCUGUUCGAGGGGUGUUAAAAAAUGUUUUCCUCUUCCAAUAGUGGGGCUCUCCAUGGACCACCGGAGUGACGUUGUCAUGCAGCACAGUACACCAGAGCUAUCUUCAGCUUGUAAUCACAGGAUUAUUCCGGCUAACUAAGACUAUUAACAGCGUGUGUCCCACAGGCACGCCUGCACGAUCAACUCCUCUCCAUUGAGCUCAUAGAGACAAGUGAUAUUCUGCUGAAAAGGGGCCUGGAACAGCUGUCGGGAUGUCACGCCAGGUUGCACCAGUCCAAAGUGAAUUUUGAUGAAGGAAAAACGAUGAUCUGACAAGUCCAGAGAUGACACUGCAGCUUUCAACCUCACAACGGGAACCACUCUGCAUCUGAACUUUGUUUUGCUCUGAGGGGACGAUGAGGAUAAAGCUGGAAAUCCAUCCAAAUCUGGAAGAAUCAUCGUAAAAAGCUUGUGGUCCAAUAAUGCCAAAUACAGGGGUCCAGUUGCUUGGCUUCUUUUUAGGCCUGUUAGGCUUCAUCGGCGCCGUUGUGGCGACUGUUCUCCCACACUGGCGCAGCACGGCGUAUGUCGGCGCCAACAUCAUCACAGCCACAGCGUACAUGAAAGGCCUGUGGAUGGAGUGUGUGUGGCACAGCACGGGCAUAUACCAGUGUGAGAUGUACCGAUCUCUGCUGGCUCUGCCGCAGGACCUGCAGGCUGCACGGGCUCUCAUGGUGCUCUCCUGCGUCACCUCCACCCUGGCAAUAUCCUUCUCCGUGAUGGGGAUGAAGUGCACGCGAUUCGUCCAUAACUCCUUCAUCAAGUCCCCCCUGGUGCUGAGCGGAGGGAUUUGUUUCCUCUGCGCCGCCUUACUCUGCUUAGUCACAGUGUGCUGGACCACUAAUGAUGUCAUCAUGGACUUCUACGACCCGUUCCUACCCAGUGGGCUGAAGUAUGAGAUCGGCAUGGCGGUCUACCUGGGGUACGGCUCGGCCUGCCUGAGCCUGUCGGGGGGAAUGGUUCUGUGUUGGAACAGCUGUGGUGAACGACCACGGAGGAACACGCAGAGACAAGGGAGACAGCCUGCUUCGCCUCCCCCUCCAUUUAACAACAUUUACCCCCCUGCUCCCCUCUACAAACCACCAGAGGCCCUAAAGGGAAACCACGCUCCGUCCCGGAGCUCAAUGUCCAGCAGUGGCUACCGGCUAAAUAAUUAUGUAUGAUAUAUAUAUAUUUAAAAAAAAAACACUUGUGAUCUUCAUGUAAUUGUGACUUUUAAUAGCAAUGUAUUUAUUUUUCUGAGAACUGUGGCUCGGCUUGUCGUGUGGUGGAAUGGCCAGAAGGUGGUAGCAAACUACAGAUUUUCAAUGUCAAUAAACCCAAUCGAAGACCAUAUGAUCGAAUGAAGUAACGAUGAACGUCAUUUCGAGUGAUGCUGGAAACAAUCUAUUUUUGUGUUUAUUACUGUUCAGUAACUGCACUGUUGGACACAAAGUUAGAAACAAACGAAUACAGUUGGUUUUAUUUGAAUUAAUUGGUUGCAUUAAAUCUGGUCUAUAUCAAUGUUGAAGUGAUUGGGUUGGUAAAAUAAAGUGUGGGCCGUUUCCUGUUUGCAAACAUGUUGGUUGAUGAGUCAUGUGUCAAACCCGAGGCCCAGGGGCCAAAUCCACCCCGUUUAUGUGGCUCGCAAGACUUGUAACAAGUGUCUUCUGUUGAGUUUUCAGCGUCUGGGGUUCAGUUUGCAACAAUUGAUUCUUUGUUUUUAGCAAUUGGAGCUCUGUUGUUAGCUUUUGAUGCAGACUACUUUGCUACUGACGUUGUGUUUGGUCUUCAGCCAGGAUCCUCUCUAACUUGUUUCAUUCGCAACUCAGCAUUUCAGCGUUCAGCUUAUCAGUCGUGUCCUUGAACGUCGGUCACUUCAGUCGCCCGACACUGUCUCUUCUUCCUCCCUGUUGCCAGAGUUAGCAUCAAUGUUGCUAGCAUUGCUAACUCUAGUUUGCAUCGCUCCCUUUCCUCUUGAUAUUAUUGUCCUUCACCAUUUUCACUACCGCCUUAGUGUUUCCAUGUAGUUUCUACAACUCACACUCCCUUUUGUAGUUGUUCAUUCCCACAAAACUGAUACUUUGAUUUGGUAGUGGAGGCUGAGGUGCAGCUUCGUGUCACCAUUCUGUUCGAUGAUCAAAGUGAAAUGACGUUUUAAAUAUGUGUAGUUGUUAAAAAUCGAGUUAAAUUCCCCCGGUUAGAUUGCCUCCAACCAGAAGGCCUCUUGUGCUAUGAGUCAGGCAUUUUACACUGAAAUUAUUCUCCCAAGAUCACAGUCCAUGUUGACUAUUAAUGCCUUUUAUAAAAGCACAGCUUUCAUUCUGUGAAACUACACACAAACUACACACUUUGGCCCCAUGUUUUGCCCCCAGUUUAUAGGUUGUAGGUAUAUUAGUUACGUUUAUUAAGAUGUCUUUACUGUAUUUAGUGUUUGUAUGGUGCCAUAAUAAUCCAAAUCUCUCGAUGGUGAAGAGAAUAAAAGCACAGUUAUUAGUCGCACAGUGGGGAAAUUCGACGUGUUGCAGCAUCAACAAUAGAGUUAUAAAAGAUGCACACAAAGCAACAGGAUGCAUAAUAGAUAAAGCUGCGCCACGUUCCAUACUUAAACAAUUACAUCUACAAAAAUAACAAACUGUGUUCCUGCCUCUCUAGUUUGGAUGAGCCUACACUUAAUUCAAUUCAUUUAAGUGUCUCCUCAUGCUGUGUUCAACUGACUUUCAUUUCCUUCCAAUGGCACAAUAGCAUUAAAUGUGCGUGAGGAUAAAAGUGCAUGCCAAGUGAAAGUAUUUAAUAUUAAAGUGAAAAGGAUGAAAAAUAAUUGCAGCUCAUUUGAAACAAAUGAAUCCUUGUUUAUUCAUUUAUUUUGUUCUUGUUUUAUUAUU